AUGUAACAAGGGGGGGCAUUGUAUCAUUGCAGGCUGUGGCAGGCUGGGCUGCUACAUCAUGAGGUGGGGGCUGGGCAGCAGUUAGACUCUGGGCUGUGCGAGCUGCAGUUGUAUCGGAGCUGUGUCUGCAUGUGCCUUACUACUAACCAGCAGCAAGUGCCACAUUCUAUUCCUGGGGAGAUGUAACGGUCUGGGGCCACUAGUGGAGCCCUGAGCUACGGAGCAAUGUCAGUUAAUAUUUUACUGCUGGGAAAUGAACGGGAUCAAAUCUCUGAUGAUAACGAACACCAAAGCUUGGCAUCUGUCUAUCUCCAUGGAAGAGCUAAUAGAUCACUUAUACAGGAGAGCCAACCGGGGUUCAAGGUUUACCAAGCCAACGUUUUUGGGAAUAUUCAAGUUGUUCUCCAUGAGUUCCCCAGCUGGGAUAUAUUGAGAGUGAAUCUGCAAAGUUCUCAGCAUACAGUGAGUGAAGCUGAUAUCAUCAUUGUGAAAUAUUCUGUCAAUGCAAAGACUUCAUACCUAGAUGUAAAGGACAACUUUGUUCCAUUGAUAAGACAAAUAUUUAGCCAUUGUACUGUACCAGUGAUAGUUGCAGCAGUUGGAUCAAGAGUAAAUGAUGGCCCACCCUGUUCUUGCCCACUGUGCACCUCUGAUAGAGGGAUUUCUGUUACUGCCUCAGAAGGAAUACAGCUUGCCAAAGAUUUAGCAGCAACCUAUAUGGAACUGCAUGCUCUCAAUGACUUUUACGUUGGAAGCUACUUUGGAGGAGUGUUAGAAUACUUCAUAAUUCAAACUCUGAACACAAAGACUUCUGCAAAAUGCAAAAAAAAGAAGAAUAAUCAGGUCCUUAAAGUUAAACCCCCUAAUCUUGAACAGCCAGAAAGAAUGCCAGUUUUGCAAGAGGAUCCCUCACGAUAUGAAUCUGAUUUCCAAGGCUUGCUGGUACACAGACAAUGUGCGGAUGUAAUAUUCUGUAGCCCAAGCCUGGAACAUUUGUUGGAAGCUCACAGAAUCGUGUUGUGCAGUGUAAGUGAUGUGUUCAUGGUGCUGUUUGGAGGGAAGUCUGCCCAUCAUGUCCGUGACUCUUGUGUUUCCAAGACUGCCAGCGACCUCUUUGCCAUUUACAGAGAACUGUCGGUUACUGCACAGUAUUCUCCCGUAAGGGUCAUUGUCAAAGACUCUCUCCUCUGUUCAUGUUUAUCAGACAUUCUUCACUUCAUUUACUCAGGUGCUCAUCAGUGGUAUUUGCUUAAACAGCAACUUAGAAAAAGGAUAGAGGAUCCUGAAGAUGUUGCACGUAUUAUUCACACGGUUCGGUGUAUCCUGAAAACAUCAGGCAAGGGAACAGAUUGCUCUCCCUCCCACUGCCCAGAGCCAUGGCAGUUCUGCAGAGCACUUGGCAUAUUCUUUAACACUCCUUUGUUAGCAGAUGUCAUUUUUCAAGUUCAAGAUAUUACCAUACCUGCUCAUCGGGCAGUGUUAGUAGCACGCUGUGACGUUAUGGCUGCCAUGUUUAGUGGUAGCUAUGUGGAAGCAAAAAGCUUUUUGAUACCAAUUUAUGGCAUAUCUAAGGACACUUUUCUGUGUUUUCUUGAAUAUCUUUAUACUGACUGCUGUUGUCCUGCAAGUAUCCUGCAAGCCAUGUCAUUACUUGUUUGCUCUGAGAUGUACCAGGUCUACAGGCUCCAGCGUCUGUGUGAGCAUUACAUUAUCAGUCAGCUCCAGAGCAUGCCUAGCCGAGAGCUGGCCACCACAAGCUUGAGUCUUGUCAGUCUCAUUAGAAAAGCCAAGUUUCAUAACUCGGAACAUCUUGCCACCUGGUUGCUUCAUUUUAUGGCUGUAAACUACCUUAUCUUCAGCCAGAAAUCAGACUUCCAGGACCUUUCAGCAGAGGAACGGGAUUUCAUAGAGAUGCAUCGUUGGCCCUCCAGCAUUUAUCUGAAGCAGCUUGCCGAAUACAGACAAUACAUCCACUCCCAAAAGUACAGAUGUGCCUUGAUGUAACAAUGGAUUUGACUAAACCAGUCGUAUGCUAUAGCAUAAGAAUGCACUGAUGAUAGUAGAAAGCAGUAUUAAACUUGAAAUUACAAAGCAGAUAACAAGUAUGAUAGAGGCACAGGGGCAUGGCACGGGUACCGUAACUCCCACAUGCAUGUGGAAUGCUUUUAUCCAGUGCUCUGCAACUAAUUACAUGUAGUGGGCCAGUUAUAUGUCAUACAGCAUGCUGGAGGGCCAGAUUGAAUUUAAAUGAUGAUGUUAUGUCAUGGAGCCUGUAGGCAGACUGAGGGCCAUAAUAAUUCUUUGGAGGGUCACAUACAGCCUGUGGACCCCCAGUUAGACAGCCCUGCUUUAAUCUAUACAGAGGCAUUCCCUUCUGAUCCAAACUCAAUCCCAAGCUGUCCUGAUUCCCGAGGCAGGCAGGAGGGGGGUAAUGUAGAACUUAUAUUUACUAUUGUAAGAAAAAUGUCAGCAUUGCUGAAUAUAUUCAAUGCCCUAACAUUUUUAUGGUUUUAUUACUGAAAAAAAUAAAUUGAAAAAAAAAUUAAACUUUGCUAAUGUAUAAAAACAAA